AUGGCCUUGUCCACCGGGCAUGUUGCCAGCCAGCUAAGGCACCUCAUCUAUUACCAACUCGACAAUAACCUAAUCCGCAAUGCGCUCUUCCUGGCUUCACGCCUUCACGCCUAUGAACCGCGAUCCUUUGAAGCCCAAUAUCUACUCGCCCUUUGCCAUCUACACAACGGAGAAGUGAAGGCGGCGUUCGAAUGCAGUCAAGCUUCGGGCUCGCGCGGUCUGCAUGCUGGAUGUGCCUAUGUCUUUGCUCAGACUUGCUUGGACUUGGGGAAAUACUUGGAUGGUGUUACGGCUCUGGAGCGCAGCAAACCCCUCUGGGCCUCCAAGAACCACUGGAACAAACAUAGUGAAACUCAGCGACAGCACCUGCCUGAUGCUGCAGCUGUUUAUUCUUUGCAGGGGAAACUCUGGCACGCACAUAAAGAUUUGACCAAAGCAGUUGACUGCUACGUGGAGGCACUGAAACUAAACCCCUUCAUGUGGGAUGCAUUCCUGGGGCUUUGCGAAACAGGUGUUAAUAUUCGAGUCCCGAAUAUCUUCCAGCUCAGCCCAGAGCUUCUUGCAAUUAUUUCUUCAUCACCAGAGGAAAUAGCUACCACGCCAGACAGCGUAGCUUAUGAAGACGGCAACUUCUCCAUGCAACCUCCUGGUAACCCUGAAUCCGACCCUUUUAUGGUCUCUGCCUCCCGUGGCGAGACUGACACCACAUUUGGGAGCUCCGCUCUUUGGGAAAAGUUGAAUGGGAGCUCUGUCAAUUUUGCUGCUAUGGCACAGCCGGUCUUCCACGAUGGAAUGGAGACCCCAGGCGCACAGAGCAGUGGCUCUGAUGACUUCCGCAUUGCGAACGGCGUCACUGAUCCAGAAGCUGGAUGGGAAGCACCUUUGGCCCCUGCCCGAAAGACGCGGACAAUCCAAACUAUGAGCCUUGACCAUACCGGGCAACCUCCGCCUCGAAUGCGACCAACAGGCAUCAGACCUCGACACAAAACACGAACCGAACCAGAGACUCAGCCGACUGCUCCGGUAGAAAGAGACCCCUCUCUCGUAUCGAGAUUCGGCGACCGCAAGCGCACAGUCUCUGGACAAGUCGCCCACCCCGUUCCUUCGUCACAACCGACUGAACCAGGUGCGCCCCAGCGCCGAAGUGUUCGGCUCUUUAACCAGAUCAAACCUACAACCAGCAAACUUUCAAAUGGCACGCUUACUGGUAGAGAUGGCCGCGAGAUGAAGAAGCUGAGAGGAGGGCCUACAAAAGGACGGUUAGGAGGUGUACCCACUGUUGGCCGUGUCGUGAGUGGCAAUCGAAAACCCAUGGAGACACCGGACAAUGAUGGUAAAGAUAAUCGGACUGGCUUGUCACAAUCCCACCCUGUCCCCCCUAUGCCCAAAAAUGCCGAAAAAACAAAAGAGCUCGAAGCCUUGGAUUGGCUUUUGGGUCUUUUCAAUAAACUUGCAUCUGGAUAUUUCUCAUUGAGUCGUUACAAAUGCGCGGACGCCAUCAGCUCGUUUAACUCUCUCUCCCAAGGGCAGCGUGAAACCCCUUGGGUUUUGUCUCAACUUGGACGGACGCAUUUCGAACAAGCAAGCUACACAGAAGCUGCCAAGUACUUUUCCAGGGUUCAAAAAUUAGCCCCCUCUCGCAUCGAGGAUAUGGAGAUUUAUUCGACCGUCUUGUGGCAUCUGAAAAGUGAUGUAGAACUGGCCUACUUAGCCCAUCAGCUACUCGAAUCUGAUCGCCUAUCCCCUCAGGCAUGGUGUGCUAUUGGCAACUCUUUCUCUCAUCAACGGGAUCACGAUCAAGCACUCAAGUGCUUCAAGCGUGCGACUAUGAUCGAUCCUAGAUUUGCAUAUGCUUUCACGCUACAGGGACAUGAAUAUGUCGCCAACGAAGAAUAUGACAAGGCGCUGGAGGCCUAUCGUCACGGCAUCAAUGCGGACAAUCGACAUUACAAUGCUUGGUACGGACUGGGAACGGUGUAUGACAAGAUGGGCAAACUUGACUUCGCUGAGCAGCAUUUCCGCAAUGCAGCCAGUAUCAACCCAACAAACGCGGUGCUCAUUUGCUGCAUUGGUCUAGUGUUGGAGAAGAUGAACAACCCCCAAGAUGCCCUGGUUCACUACGGUCGAGCCUCUUCGCUAGCCCCCAACUCGGUAUUAGCCAAGUUCCGCAAGGCGCGCGUACUGAUGAAGCUGCACGAAUACAAGUUUGCUUUGGCGGAAUUGAAGGUCCUAAAGGAUAUGGCGCCAGAUGAGGCAAACGUGCACUACCUUCUUGGAAAGCUGUACAAAAUGCUCCACGACAAGGCUAAUGCUAUCAAGCAUUUCACGGCGGCCUUGAACUUGGACCCAAAGGCUACACAAUACAUCAAGGACGCAAUGGAGUCGUUGGACGACGACGAUAUGGAGGAUGAGGACAUAGCUGAAAAAGAGUACGUCUACUCUCAGAAUUGUAAUUUCCGUCUUCUGACCGUAUUUAUGCAGCUCUUCUUGACUCGCCCAACUAUCGCCAUCAUGUCUUUCGCCUCUUAUAUUGUUUCAGGUGUUAGCUCCUUCGUGGUGGUAACCGUAUCCCUCUUUGCAAUCGGUCAAAAAGUCCCUCGCGCCGCUUUCGCUGCCCGUUGUCUCGCCUCAUAUGGCUGUCUCCUCGUUAGUGCCGCGUACGGCGUGGUUGUCUCGAUCUGUCUGCGGCUAGUUGGAUACGGCCGUGUGUCCCAAUGGGCAGCAGGCCGCAGCUUUAAGUGGCUGAUGCUGUUCACAACCGGCGUCAAGUUCGAGGUUAUCGAAGGCGAAGAAUACCUCUCCACACGUCCCGCCGUUUUCCUUGGUAACCACCAGACUGAGCUCGACGUGUUGAUGCUGGGCAAUAUCUUCCCGCCAUACUGUAGUGUGACUGCCAAGAAGUCACUGCGGAAUAUUCCUUUCCUGGGCUGGUUCAUGUCUCUGUCCCGGACUGUGUUCAUUGACCGUGCCAACCGCGAGACAGCCCUCAAGGCUUUCGAUGGUGCCGCCGCCGAGAUGCGCGAUCACCGUCAGAGCGUUUUUAUUUUCGCCGAGGGCACUCGGAGUUACUCCGACGAGCCUACCCUGCUACCCUUCAAGAAGGGUGCUUUCCAUCUCGCUGUCAAGGCUGGUGUCCCCAUCGUGCCGAUUGUAACGGAGAACUAUUCGCACAUUCUGUCGCCUCGUGUCUGGCGAUUCAAUGCUGGAACUAUCAAAAUUAAAGUUUUGCCUCCUAUCCCGACUGAAGAUUUGACAUCUGAGAAUGUGGAUAGCUUGACCCUGUCGACGCGGGAUUCAAUGCUCGAAACUCUUGUAGGAAUGUCCCAUGCGCAGAAGGACGAGGUCGAUGUUACUCGCACCAACGGCGUCUCCAGCGCCAUUGAGAUCUAA